AUUAUUACUUCGAAAAAUAUUUUGGACGAAAUUGACACUAGGGUUAUGUUUUAUAUUUUGAUUUUGUACAUUAUAAUUAUAUAUUAUUCUACAUUAUAAAUAAAUGAAAAUGAAUUUAAGAGAUUUAUAUAUUACUGAUAAUAUAAAUUCUUUGGAAAGUUUGGCCCAACGAGACGAUGUCAUUCAAGGCGUCAAGAAAUCUCACAGAUUUGGUAACCUCGCAAACAAAAUAAUGGGUGAAUUGAUGCAGUGCCAAGAUGACCAAGAAAAAUGUUAUAUUUUAUGUAGGAGAUAUAUUAAUCUAAUGGAUCAUUUAUUCAAAAUAUGCGAUGACCAGAAUUAUGUCAAAGCCCUUCAUUCUAGCGAUUAUCGUAAAGUUAAACAACUAAUUAAUGAAAUCAGAGAAAGUCUAGAAGAACGUUAUAAAAAAUUGACUACAGAAAAUGAGAAUAAGCAUGUUAAAGCACCACCUCCGACAAUGGAAAUUGCUCCUACACCAAUAAUACUAAAACGUUUCAAUUUCAAAGAUCAUUUUAUACAACCUGGGGAUCUGUUUAUGAUCUUACAAAGAGAAGAUAAUUUUCUCAUAGUUGAUAUUCGUCCUGUAUUAGAUUUUUCAAAAACUAAAAUCAAUCUAAGUAAAGGUAAUAUUAUAAACAUUCCUGGAGAGUUGAUAGUCCCAGGGUUGUCAGCAAAUACAUUAGGACAACGUCUUGAAUCUCCAGCAAAAGAACUUUGGGACAAAAGAGACACAUUUGAUAUUUUAAUUCUAUUGGAUGAUGAUACAGGAAAACACAACUACUUUGGCACAGUAUUAUCACGACUGAGGAAUAUUAUUGUAGAAUGGGAUACAAGGCGUAAAUAUCCACAUAAACCAGUUAUAUUGAAUGGAGGUCUGAAAGAAUUUGUACAAUACUACCCCAUAGCCGUCAACAACUCUCAUUUGUUUUUAAAACAAAUUAAUACUGAGAUUGAUGAGCUGUUGGAAUUAGAAAAUAUAAACUAUCCAGAAAAUGGUGCACCCUUGCAAAUGAAUCUAAAAAAGGAUACCGAUUUUUUAAUAGAAUUAGAUCAAGUAAAUCGUAAUUCCUACCCAAGCACUGGGAUAGAAGUAAGAUCCACAAACUUGGAAGAUAAAAAUUCCCUUGACGACUUGAAUAUUAAAAAAAAUGUUUUGCCAGAACCGCCUGUUCCCAUAAGUGAGGAAAUUGGUGAUCUUGCCAUUGAUAAAGCUGUAAAAGAACUUGUUAAAGGAGAAAAAGCUGCACAGUUGUUAAUAGCAAGACAGGCUUUAAAACCAACAUUCUAUGGAGAGAGUAAGAAUGAGAUUGCUAAAAGAGAAAUUCCAUUGAAAAAAGAGAAAAGAGUAAGACCCAGGAGUCCUUUUAUUAAACCCCCAUCAGUGGAUCGUUCAUUCAAACCUGUUGCAAUAUUUGGAAAGGGUUUCACUGGACUGAAAAAUGAGAGAAAUAUCUGCUACAUGAAUUGUUUGUUACAGUGUUUGAAAGUAAUUCCAAGCAUUAAGGCAAUUUAUAUUACAUCUGACCAAUAUUUAUCUUAUACAACUAGAAUGCCUCCCAAAAUUAAUCAUCAUUUAGCAGAAGUCCUUCGGGAGCUUUGGGGUGGGACAGCACAACGACAUAGAACAUUUUUUAUAUCACAAUUCAAAAAUCGAAUAUGUGAGUUUGCUCCCAUGUAUGACAACAACACCCAUGAAGAUUGCUUCGAAUUUUUCUUGUUUCUGUUUAAUGCAGUGAGUGAAGAUUGCUCAAUAGAUCUGCCCAGUCAAGUUAUGACCGAGAGUGAAAAAGCCUGGUUUGGCCAAUUGCAAGGUCGUUCUUCCUUCUGGAUUGAAAUGUUCUAUUUCCAGUUUAAAAAUAUGAAAGUUUGUUGCAACUGCCAUAAAACGAAUCUGUCAUUUGACACAGAGGGCCUUUUAUUGUUACCAGUACCAAACAAAAAUUGUACUUUAGAUAACCUUAUAAGUGAACACUUACAAGAGAACCGUUUAAUUGACUAUUCUUGUAGUAACUGUAAAUCAUUUAAUACUAUAAUUAAUCGAAAAGAGGUCUCCGUAGAACCCGAGAUUCUCGCUGUAGUAUUGAAAAGGUAUUAUUCUGACGGUGAAAUAUUUCGUAAAAAUGAGGUAGAAGUGAAUUUCCCUCUUGAAAAUUUGAAAUUUGGUACCUCCAAAUACAGUUGCUACAGUGUUGUUCAGCAUUCAGGUACCAUGACUUGUGGGCACUAUUUUGCAGCAGUAAAGUUGGAUGAUGAACUUGACAAAUGGUAUCAAUUCAAUGAUGAGAUAAUAACUCUAUUACCCAGAUCAAUAAAUGAGAGUAGUUACAUAAGAAGCACGGCAGCAGGUUUCUUUUAUGUUCGACAAGAAUAAAUUCUCAAUUGUGAUAAAUUAUAAAUAGCAUUGAUACUCAUUCCAUUUGAAAUAUUUUUGAUAUAAAAUGAUAUUUGAAAUGUUCAUGUUCCUUUUCUUAAACGUCUUAGUGCUUCAUAAGUGCCUACUAAUGUUAAUGGUUUUUACAUAUUUAUUUGAGAAUUUUUCUUUAUGUAUCAGGUAUAUUUUGAAAAUUCAGUUAUUUCUACCUUAUAUAGUUUUUAAAUUCAUAAUCAUAUUAUGUGUAUUAUAAAUUGUUUACUAGCCAUCAAAAACUUCUAUUAAGAUAUAACUCAUUGUCUACAAUUUAGAUUUGUGUAUUAUUAAGAUAAAGAAACGAAAUAUUAGUUUUGCCUAAGCACAACUCAUUUAAAGUUGAUAACUUGAUAUUUUUCUGGUUAUUAAAAGCUACUUCUUCGUGGAAAAAAGUUCAACUGCUCCAAUUUUGGUUCACUAGUGCCAGACAUAUAAUAUUCGGCGGAGUAUCGAGUAUACAACUCAUUCCAAAUUUGUUGUAUUCAAUGUUUUAGAUAAUUUUUUUUUAUUAAAAUUGAAAAAAUUUAAAACAAUUUUUUGAGCUACUGUAGUUUUUUCAGAUAAUUGAUUUGUUCAAGGUAAAGCUGUAUAUGUAUUAUUUUUUUUCUUGAUUUGGAUUUGUUUGUGAAUGUGGAUUCAAGUUAUUAUUAUUGUGGAAUUUAUAUAAACGUUUAAAAAUUCUA